CUCCUACCCUACAAACCCCCAUGUAAAACCUACCAUGACUCUCCAUCCUCUCAUAUAAAACGCCCUAGAAUCUUCCUCCACGCUUUCUUCCCUCAACCAAACAACCCACCACGAUCACCAACAACGAAGAAAACACCAAUAUUCCCACACACAUCUCAACACACCACAACAUCCCAAAAAAUGCCGCCUCCAUAUUCCACCAAAAACACCGACCAAAGCAAAUCCCAAAGCACCAACCCAAAAAGCAAACCCGCAAAGCCCAAGUCCGAAGCUCAAUCCAGCACCGCCCAAGCAAGUCCAAACCAAGCAAAAACCACCUCAUCGAAAUCCACUUCGGGGAGCGACUCGCCGGGAUCCAUCCCUCCUCCAGCUCCAUCACCACCCCCCAAUCCAUCCCCCCCACCGCCAUCCACAACCCAGCCCCCCGAGCGCCCAAAAUCCCACUUCUACGACCUCCACCAAGCGCGUCACUACCUCGCCACCCACGACCCUUCCAUGCGAAGAAUCUUCACCCUCACACUCAGCCUCGACUACUUCGUCACAAACAGCACCCACUUCCUCGAAAUGUCCAAGAUGUACACCGCUGAGGAAUUACGCGAGCGGGAGAAAGACAAGACGCAUGAGAAUGUGUUUAAGGAUGUUGGGAGGUUGAUUAGGGAGUAUGGGGAGGAGACGCUUCGGGAGGCUGAAGAGGCUGAGUAUGCUGGGUGGGAGGGGGAAUAUGAGAGGUAUGAUAAGGGGAAGGGGAAGGGGGAUGAGGAUGAGGAGGCGAUGGCUAGAGCGAUUCCGAAAAUGAGGGAGUUGGCUUUGAAGGAGAUGGAGGAGAAGAAGGAUAAGGCGGAGAGGUGUAUGUGGUGGAUCCGCGAGGUUUAUUCUAGGGCACAGAAGGGGCAGGGUGGUGAAUGGGCUAAGUGA